AUGCCAGUAGCUACACCGAUCAGCGGCAUCGAGAAGAUUGCCGUUGUCUUUGCGCGGCUUUACAUCAGUGGCCAGGAUCAUGGAGUGCGCGGGCUGCUUCCAUACCGAGCCGGGUCCAAUUACCUCGACCACGCCAUCACAACCUUCAACCACGUCACGCUACCUAGCACCGCGUUGCUCGGCAAGUCACACACAGCCACCACGGUGAGGAAAGAUGGCUUUUCGGAAUUGAUCUGGUGUGUUCCGAUCGGCACGCUAUCCCUCUCCCUUACCGCCAUUCCUGCCCUGAAAGCAAGUGCCUGGAUAGACGCGGAAUACGCCCUGAAACGCACCGUUGGAGCAACUCCCACGCCCAUCAUCCACUUCCGCACCCAGCAAAUUCCAAUCUUCCACACCAUCGCCCAGGCAUACGUGGUCCCCGAGUAUGCACAGUGGUCCAUGGAGCGAUUCAUGGAUCCCCGUGUGGAUAGCAGGUUGCGGCAUGCGUAUGCGAUGCUGUUCAAGACUGUGGCGGUGGGACACACACUAAGCUCGGUGCAGAUCUUGAGCCAGGAGAUCGUAUGGAGAGGGCUGUUGGAGGACAACCAGCUUAUCCGGAUCGAGCUCGAGUUGAGGGGGAAUAAAAUUGCCGAAGGCGAUGCCACCGUACUCUGCAUCCGCCUGGCAUCCGACAUCCUCCAUGACAAAAUCAGCAUCCCGCCCCGCUGA